AUGGCCGAAGCUUUGGCUCAGAAUAGUAGGCUUUGGGAUCUUGCCGCUCGAAACUCUACCUUACGUGGAGAGACCAGGUUCCACUAUCGUCAAGGAGCUAAAUACUCCAUGUCCUCAAAAAAUGCCCUGGUACAUGUUCGCUGCUAUGAAAAUGGCGUUUCGCCGAAUGGCCGCGUUUCCAUUCCACUCUUCCCUGACUUUAGCAAUAAAACUUAUGCGCCUAUAAGCAUUGUCGAGGAGAUGUGGGCUGAAUGGAUUCAGAGAAAUGCUGAUAUCGGAAUCGCGAAUCUUUUGUGGGUCGACCUUCCGAGGACUGAGGCACGACGAACCUCCCUUGGUGCUAUCGUGAUUGUGCCACGUGCAGCUCCGGAUGAUGGCUCCCAACUCUGGGGAUGUUCAAUUGACGCUCGUUGGGCUGAUACGAACAUCACCUCCACUGAUAUCCGUCGCCUGACACAAGGUGAGCCGCGGUCUUUCCACAUCAAUGGCACCCCUCUCUCUAGCUGGUUGUGGCACGACUAUUAUCCUCGAAUAACCAUUCGUUCGACUUAUGCUAGAUACCUUGACCCGUACCUGCCCGACAAUACCACCACGGUCUUUCGGCGACUUUGUACGAUGGCAGGUCUGUCUAAUUCAUACUUGCAACCUCUCAUGGACCCCACGCCAGCGCUAGAAGCAAUUCUCAAUCUGUUGGUCGUCAACGGGCUCGUGAGGCUAGUACCUACAGUCACUGUACAGGGCACCAUUGCUAACUGGAACCUUGGGCAUGGACCAUGGUGGAGAGAGUUCAUGCCUGCCACACAUCGAAGCUUGGGAUGGGGUGGAAAUGCAUACAAUAUCACACAAGAACAAGUUCAACAGCUGUUCCGAACACAAAUGACAGUCACCGCAAAAGGCUAUGCGUACGCGUGGGACGGAAGCGCGGUGGACGCAUCCAUGGCCAUUCUUGCCAUAUACGUCACUAUCACUCUCCUCCACGUAUGCUUGAGCAUAAGUGUAGGUAUCACCUCGAGCAGCUGGGACAGCCCCUGCGAAUUGAUUGCCCUUGCUGCCAAUUCUGUUCCACCGCAUGGUACGCUACAGAAUACGGGUGCCGGUAUAUCCAGAAUGUCUACACUCGAACACAACGUACGCAUUGAAGCUAAAGGAUCCGUACUUCAGCUUUCAUUCAGCCCUGAUGCCAUUGCAAGCGAUCGCAGAGUCGAGGCAAAUACUUUGUACGGAUAA